CUGAAAAAGGGGUUUUCCUGCAGUCAAAACAGUUGCACAGCAGCAGCAGCUAAGAGAGUUUGCACUGCUAGAAGGAGGGUCUCAAAUUGAAGCAUACCAACCACAGCAUACGCAGUCCAGCAACAAGAAGCUGCGUUUGCAAGAACAUAACUGCCUCGUUCACCCUCUACCUUUAAGAGUGAAGUCAACAGAAAUUUCAAUUUUUUUUUUUUUUUUUUAAGUUCCAAAUUAAUUUUUGCAACGAUUUGUAUUGUUUGUAGUAUUUAUUUUCCUGAAAGAAAGAUACAAAAACCAAAGGAAACCAUGGUGAUCAAAGUUUAUAUAGCAUCGUCUUCUGGGUCAACAUCGAUUAAGAAGCAGCAGCAGGAUGUGAUAGGGUUCAUGGCAGUCAAUAAGAUUGAGUUUGAGGAGUGUGACAUUGCAGCCAACGAGGACAACAGGAAGUGGAUGAGAGAGAACGUUCCGGAAAACUCCAGGCCUGCAACUGGAAACCCCCUGCCACCUCAGAUCUUCAACGAGGAGCGGUACUGUGGGAAUUAUGAAGCGUUCUUCGAUGCCAGGGAAGACAACUGCGUGUAUGCGUUUUUAGGCUUGACUGCUCCACCUGGGUCAAAGGAAGCUGAAGCCCAAGCCAAACAGCAGCAGUGAGCAAUCGCCCUUCAUCAAACUACAGCGCCACUUCCUGCCAACCUCCAGUACUGCAGUUAACUGGAGAAGUGACGGCACUGAGAGAACACUGAAAUAAUAAGAACCAGUUCUACUGUGCUUAUGAUUUGAAUGCAUUGAUAUUUUUUGAUGUUGCACCAUUUAUUUCUUUUCUAUAAAAGAAGAGCCAAAAAAAUAAUUUAAAAGGAGGGAAGAAAUGUUAUCAUCUUAUUAAUUUGUUUUAUUUUAUUUUGUGUAUAGAGAAUACAGAGGUUUAGAGUACGAUAUGAGAAAUUGUUAAAAAGGGAAAUUUUGCAUAUGCCACCCAGAACAUACAUUCUGUUUAUCACAUAGUUUCUUUUGUAUCUGUUUUCUUUGCUUUGUGGAGAAAAAUGCACACAUAUUUCACUGUACUAACCAUUACAACUGGUAUGAAAUAUGUGUAUAUAUAUAUAUAUAUAUAUAUAUAUAUAUAUAUAUAUAACUUCAAUAUGAGUGCAGACAGAGUUGGCGUUUGCAUACAAAUUUAGUAAAUGAUAAAAGCGUAGCGGGCUAAUCUGCAUGCUGGAGAACCUUUAAGCAUAGUACAAUAUAUAUUUUUAUUGGUAGCUGUUUUUUGUUAAUAUAAUGAGAUUGCAGGAAGUGUAUAUUUAUUGUGACUUCACUUUACACAUUGGCUCAUAGCUCCUUGUUCCACACCACCAUAGACGUGCCUUGUUUUCUACAAGAGAGAAAAGUUGUAUUCCCUUAAUGACGGAUGUGAAUUGGAAAAAUAUAGGUGCAUUUUAAUGAUCUAAACCGCCCUUAAGCAUUACAUGAAUCCUUUCAUAAUGAUAAGCAUUAGCCUGUUAGAAAACGUAUAGAACUACAAGUAUGAUCCUGUGUGUUUCAGGGCUGGAAUCCAUACUCAACGUUAACCCUAUAGAGUGACAGUGCCCUGUAUUUAAUAUGGGUCUGUUUACCUGCCCUUCAUAUUCCAGUAUGUGUUGAUUUCAUUCUGUGAUAAAGGGUACCAUGCUCCCCAUAUAACAAGCUUCCAGAAUGAUUGCUUAUCUGCAGGGUCCAAUUGCAUUCAUGGCUUACUGUGGCUGAAAAGUCAAGGCGUUUGAAUUAGUACUCCAAAUGACCUUCUGGCUGUGACACCGUUUUACUGCUUUAAAGACAAUAAGGACAAUAUUCACUGCUUUGCUGUUUAAGCCAGCUUAUUUAGCACUAAAAGUGGACUUGAAGGAACAGCUGCCUUUUGGUUCAGGUUAUGCGGCAUGGAAAUACACAGUGGUAAACAUUUAGACAAUUAAGUUUCAGUAUCCAUAGUUUUAAAGUAAAAUAAAUGAUGAAGUACAACUUAUACAUUACAUGGUAGAUUAAAACAUUAUUUGAAUGGUAGAUUAUUCUAACAGUUCCAGCAAUAAUUAUUCUAAAUCAUUCUAACAGAUGAUCUAACCAGAUGUAAAGGACACAUUUCCACAUAUCCGUUACACUUAGCAUCCGUUAAAUCUGUCAAGCUACGCUAUUUAGAAGGGGGUGGAGUACUUCUAGUAUACCACAGCAAUAAGACAAAAGGAUAUAUAAAAUUAUAUAUUCAAACUAAAGGGAUUCGUCCGAUUGAUUUAUACUAUAGUUGGUUCAACUCUACAGGUACAAGCUUGAUUGUAGUAAAAUAAUUGCAUAGAAAAACCCUUUUCAUCCUAACGUGCCAGCUAAUAUAAAACACAUCUACAUGUUAAAUGAGUGCCAGCUAAUAUAAAACACAUCUACGUGUUAAAUGAGUGCCAACCUCUCUGGUGUGAAAGUGCAAAGUAUAAAAACAAACCAGGUACUGUCCAAUGAAUCAAACCAAUGGUCUUAAAAACAACAGUUGAUGCUACAAAUGGUGCAGGGUCCAUUGCUUAUUAAAGAACUGUUACCUUUUGAUGAUGUGUAUGAAAUAAAAUGCCUUUUUUUUUCUCUGCA